GUAAGGGACUGCCAUGUUUCAUACAUAAUGGAUUUUUUUUGGCCGCGCCAUGCGGCAUGCGGGAUCCUAGUUCUCUGACCAGCGAUCUAACCCGCGCCCCCUGCAGUGGAAGCACGGAGUCCUAACCACUGGACCACCAGGGAAGUCCCAUAAUGUAUUUUCAGUGAUCAUUUAUUGAUUACUUUGUGAGCCAAAACACUUCACGUGCCUGUACCUCACUGAAAUAUCACCAUUCCUCUAUAUGACAGGUACUGUUAUCAUAAGAUAUAUAAGGCACCUAACGUUAACGGUAUAUAGUAGGUGCUCACCAAAAGCUAUUAGCGCUCUUUAAUCAUAUAAAAGGAAAAAAAAGAGCACAGAAAAGGUGUUUUGCAAGGUGUAAGGUGCCGCACAAGUUUUUGCUACUAUUAUUAUGUCACCCUUUGUGGUCAUAAUCCUUCAUUUAUUAUUCUUUCGGAGCUACUGUGAUGGUCCCCCAGUUACCGUGGCCAUGGAAACUCAGCCCGCAGUCCUGGAUUGGACGGUUCGCGGGCUCCCCCUGGAGGCCACCUUCCGGGCCUGCAGAGGGAAGACCAGGCGGGCCUUUGAGAGGGGAGAGAAGGGAGCCGGGAGUUGUAGGCCACAGGCGAUGGCUGCCUCGGAGCGAUGCAUUUCGGGAGUUGUAGUUCUCGGGAGAGGAGGUGGGCGGCCACAGACCCAGCUCCGGUCUCACCCGGAUGGCGGCUGUGAGGCGCGGCUGCCGGCCCGGGGGCUCGCUCCUCGGGCUGUUCGGGCUGGUUUCGGCCGCGGCCGCCGCCUGGGACCUGACUUCGCUGCGCUGCAACUUCGGCGCCUUCUGCGAAUGUGACUUCCGGCCCGACUUCCAGGGUCUGGAGUGUGACCUGGCACAGCACCUGGCGGGCCAGCAUUUGGCCAGGGCGCUGGUGGUGAAGGCACUGAAGGCCUUCGUGCAGGAUCCAGCCCCCACCAAGCCACUGGUCCUCUCUCUGCAUGGCUGGACUGGCACCGGCAAGUCCUAUGUCACCUCCCUGCUGGCGCACUACCUCUUCCGGGGUGGCCUCCGCAGCCCCCACGUGCACCACUUUUCCCCGGUCAUCCACUUCCCCCACCCCGGCCACCUGGAGCGCUACAAGAAGGAUCUGAAGAGCUGGGUCCAGGGAAACCUCACUGCCUGCAGCCGCUCUCUCUUCCUCUUCGAUGAGAUGGACAAGCUGGCCCCAGGCCUGAUAGAGGUCCUGAGACCUUUCCUGGGGUCCUCCUGGGUUGUCUAUGGGACCAACUAUCGCAAAGCCAUCUUCAUCUUCAUCAGCAACACUGGCGGCGAGCAGAUCAACCAGCUGGUGUUGGAGGCAUGGCGCAGCCGCCGGGAGCGCGAGGAGAUCCGCGUGCAGGAGCUGGAGCCGGUUAUCUCCCAGGCUGUGCUGGACAACCCGAACCAUGGCUUCUGGCGCUCCGGCAUCAUGGAAGAGCAUCUCCUGGAUGCCCUGGUGCCCUUCCUACCUCUCCAGAGGCACCACGUGCAGCACUGUGUGCUCAACGAGCUGGCCCAGCUAGGCCUGGAGCCAAGGGAUGAGGUCGUCCAGGCCGUGCUGGACAGCACCACCUUCUUCCCUGAGGACGAGCAGCUCUUUUCCUCCAAUGGCUGCAAGACUGUGGCAUCCCGGAUCGCCUUCUUCCUCUGACUCUCCAGGCAGCAUCCUUGUCUUCCUCUAUCUGGCCAGGCCGUGAAGGAAAGCCCUGGGGCCUCUGCCAGAGGGUCCCUUGUCCUGUGCCUCCUGGGACCCAGAGCACAAUAUGAAGAUGAGGAGGGCUGUUGGCUACCAUGAAACAGAAGGGCAGGGCAGGCCCCGGCCUCUUCACUGGUCUGAGGGCAUCUUGGCCUUUGCUUCCUUCCUCAGGGAAACCGCUAGUCGCCCCAGAACUUCAAUGAGCCUUGACCUCACGCUCCAGCCUGAGCCUUCUUACAAUGUGAAUUUUAACUCAGGGACGGUGGCUCGUGGCUGCUCCUUCCUUCUCUGGUCUGUUACUCUCGGCCCUGGCUCGGGCACCACACCCCGACCCUCCACCCCACACCCUAUGUCCCAGUAUUGUAAAGCCAGGCUGAGACUUCUGUCUCUGGGAACAGAGGGACUCAAGUUGCCACUUGGACUGGGCUUUUCAAGUUUUUAAUUUUGUAAACGAAGAGAACAAAUACAAUAAAUUUAGCCAUGGGACCAGAGAAAUAAAUUUAGCCACGGGACCAGA